AUGUCGGACCGCACAAAGAUCCCUUCGAGCGACGAGACAAACCCUCCACACGCCCAACUCUUCAUCGCCGCCAGCCCCACUCUGGACUUCAUGCCCAAGAUCAAAGUUAAGGUCCCCAGCCGCUGGAUGGUCGCUGUCCUCAUCCCCAGCACCAACACCUGGCUCACAGCCCAGGGUCGUCAGAAUGAAGCUCGCUACACCCUGAUCAAGGUUGAAGCUCCCCCUGAAGGCUCCAAGUUCUUUGAGGUCGCCAGCAUUCCGGUCUCUAAUCUUGGCGAUGUCGAAGCUCGAAUUCGUUCCGUGCUUCCGGAGGAGAACCCAGAGGGCGAGACGCAGUUCAAUCGCCAGUAUGUGCGUGAUGUCCUGAAGGAUCUGGUUGACGGUGGUAUCAUUCGGGAGGACCAGGCUCGGGAUGCUUUGCUCGCGGUUGAGGCUUUUGCCGAGCUUUCGUUGAAGACAACCUAA